AUGAAAGAGUGUUUGAUCCAACUCCCAACCCUAACCGCACCACGCAAGAAAGAACCACUCAUCUUGUACCUAUCCGCCGCAGUCAACGCGGUGGGCGCGGUACUCAUAGUGGAGCGGGAGGGAGUUCAAACACCAAUCUAUUAUGUCAGCAAAAUGCUUAAUGACCCAGAGAUAAGAUACUCCAUCAUGGAGAAGUUGGUACUCGCACUGGUACAUGCAUCUAGACGGUUACGCCGUUACUUUGCAGAUCAUGUCAUCACCGUGUUAACCAAUGACAAAAUCGGGCAAAUCCUCUCCAAGCCCGAAAUCUCUGGGAGACUAGCAAAAUGGGCCAUCGAACUGAGCGCGCACACAUUGAUCUACAAACUGCGUCCAACAAUCAAGGGCCAGGCACUAUACACCAAUGGUGCAUCCAACGAGGACGGUGCAGGCGAAGGUCUGCGACUCGUUAACCCUGAUGGCCAAGAACUCACCUAUGCAAUCUGCAUCGAUUUCAAAAGCACAAACAAUGAGGCAGAGAACGAGGCUCUACUAGCAGGGCUCCGUUUGGCAGUCAAGCUCGGCGUCCAACAUCUGGAAGCACACGUCGACUCACUACUAGUUGCAGGGCAAGUGUGUGGUGACUAUGCCGCAAAAGGGGAUAUCAUAUUCCUCUAUCUCGAACAAGCCAUGCAACUGAAAUCACGAUUCACCUCCUUCAACAUCCGCCAUGUCAAUAGGAGUGAAAACAAACUAGUGGAUGCACUAUCAAAACUCGCAUCCACCAGCUUCCAACAUCUGGAAAAGGAGAUACAUAUUGAGAUCCUGCAAAACCCCUCGGUACCCCUAUGCCAAAGCAACGUCAUCGAAUACGGUACAACAUCUUGGAUGACACCAAUUAUUGCAUACUUGCAAUUAGGUGUUACUCCCGAAAGUAAAGCAGAGGCAUGCAAGCUACGAUACAAAGUGUGCCACUGUCAGAUGGGAGACAAGAUUUUAUACCGCAAAUCAUACCUGGGGACACUCCUAGGAUGCGUUAACCCUCAAGAUGCCACAUAUCUGAUUAGAGAGAUACACGAAGGAAUAUGUGGCAUACAAUCAGGCCCACACUAUUUCAUGCGCCUGAAACAUUGGCCUUAA